ACAAUACAGUAUGGUUUUAUAGUCUGAAUGUUUUAUUCCUCAUAGUUAUACAGUCUGAACGACUGGCUCACAGUCCAAGACAGUUUUGUUUUGUUGUUUAAAAUGACGUUAGUGCUGUAGGGCAAAAAGAUCUCGCUGACAGAAACAAUGAUAUUUAAUUUAACAAAAUCAAGAAGAACCUGCCGGUACCACACAGGUUGCAAAGUGGCUCCAAGCAAGGCACUCCCCCACCUCACAGCAAAGGGGAUCAAGAGCUAAAAAUACCUAGAAAACUCAAACGGCACCUUGUAACACACUGUAAGAUAAAGGCCAAGCUUGUAAAUUAUUAAUCCACGAUGCUCCAAAGCGAGUGAAUUAAAUACAAGGCUAAAAUCUGGUGAAUCUUCUCCUUUACUCAUCUUUGUGAAAUGUAGUUUUUCUUCGGGUGGGACUGGGACACUCCUUUACUUCCUGGGUCACCAAGGAUGUUUUACAGCCUUAGGUCUAAUCAGUUCAUUGUUUGGAGACAAGUGAUCACAUUCUGCUUUUAACAGUUGUUGUUGGUGCUUAAGAAUCCGCCAGGAAAUCCCCUCCUCUGCAGAGCCGCUGGGCGUGGGCGGAGAUCCCGUAGGGAGGCCAUAGGUCGCCCAGGAUUUCCAAGUUCCUCACCGGGGCCCUUCUGCCCAUUAGGGCGUCAGGGCUUCUGUUGUCCGUUUCCAAGCUGCAGCAGUCUCUGGUCGCCGCCUGGCUUUGAGGAUCAAAGUCAUCUCAGAGCGGUGCACACCCCAAUGCACGCACCUCGCGCCGCACGCACCUCCGCUGGCUCCCGGGACGCUGGGAGGCGCGGACCUCGGAGACACUGGGCUGCUGUCAACACCUGCCACAGUGGAUCCCAGUAAACUGCCAAGCUUGUUUUGCAGGGUGGCUGGCUGUACCAUUUCACAUUCCCGACGGCCAUGCAUGAGUAAUCCUGCUUCUCGCUCACUUGAUGCCAUUUCAUUUCCGGGAGGGCGGCCAGACUAGGACGUCCUUCAGGCUGUGGCAGAGCCAGAGGCUUCUCCUCACCAUCCCGAGUUCCUCGGUGUCUUUGUCAUGUCGUCAUCACGUGGCUGACGUGCAUCUGCUCUGUCCUGCUUGGCAAGAUCCAGGAGUUGGUGCCCAGUCUUACAGAGAAUGUUCAUGUGUCUUUGACUCUCAGAAUAACCUUGUGAAGGGGAUAUAGCAGAAAUCUCUAGACCUUGGCCAUGACCACUUCCUCCCUUCAAACCUCGGUGGCAGUUUUUGCCCUGGUUGCCCUGCAUGUCAGUGCCCUGGAUACAUUUAUAGCUGCAGUGUAUGAACACGCGGUCAUAUUGCCAAAGGAAACAGAAACACCUGUUUCUCAGGACAAUGCCUUGCUCCUUAUGAACAAGAAUAUAGAUAUUCUGGAGAAAGCGAUUAAGCAGGCAGCUCAGAAGGGUGCUGAAAUUAUUGUGACACCAGAAGAUGCACUUUAUGGAUGGAGUUUUACCAGGGAAACCAUUUUCCCCUACCUGGAGGAUAUCCCAGACCCUCUGGUGGACUGGAUUCCAUGUCGAGACCCCCACAAAUUUGGUCACACACCUAUACAAGUGAGACUCAGCUGCCUGGCCAAGGACAACUCUAUCUAUGUUUUGACAAAUAUUGGAGACAAAAAGCCAUGUAAAUCUAAUGACCCCACCUGUCCUCGUAAUGGCUAUUAUCAGUACAAUACCAACGUGGUCUAUGACAAAAAGGGACAACUGGUGGCACGCUACCAUAAGUACCACCUCUAUUCUGAGCCUCAGUUCGAUGUGCCUGAGAAGCCGGAGCUGGUGACUUUCAACACCAACUUUGGAAGGUUUGGCAUUUUCACAUGCUUCGAUAUCCUCUUCCAUGAUCCUGCCGUGACGCUGGUGAAGGAUUUCCAUGUGGACACCAUACUGUUACCCACAGCUUGGAUGAAUGUUUUGCCCCUUUUGACAGCCAUUGAAUUCCAUUCAGCUUGGGCAAUGGGAAUGAGAGUCAAUCUUCUUGUGGCCAAUACACAUCAUGUCCGCCUAAACAUGACAGGCAGUGGCAUUUAUGCUCCACACUCUCCCAAAGCAUACCAUUAUGACAUGGACACAGAGCUGGGAAAGAUCCUUUUUGCAGAAGUGGACUCGCAUCCUCGAAGCUCCCCUGACUUCCCAGUGGCCGUGAACUGGGGUGACUAUGCCACGACCAUCAAACCAUUCCCAGUACAGAAAGGCACUUUCAAGGGAUUUAUUUCCCGGGAUGCGUUCAACUUCACAGAACUUUCUGCAAGUGCAGGCAACCUUACAGUCUGUCAGAAAGAUCUGUGCUGUCAUUUAAGCUACCAAAUGUCAAGGAAAGAAGAGAAUGAAGUAUAUGCUCUAGGAGCUUUCUCAGGACUUCACGGCCGCAGGAGAAGAGAGUACUGGCAGGUGUGCACAAUGCUGAAAUGCAGAACAACUGAUGUGACAACCUGUGGACAGCCAGUAGAAACUGCUUUGACAAGAUUUAAUGCAUUCUCUCUAAGUGGCACAUUUGGGACAGAGUAUGUUUUUCCUGAAGUGCUGCUUACUAAAAUUCGUCUGUCACCUGGAAAAUUUGAGGUACUAAAAGAUGGGCGCUUGGUAAACAAGAAUGGAAUGUCUGAGCCUAUUCUAACAGUGUCACUGUUUGGGAGGUGGUACACUAAGGACUCACAUUCUGCCUCAGGAGGGAUCGGCAAUUUGGAAACAACUAACCUGUUAAUAUCCACUUUGCUAAUGAUCACAACUUUGCAAAUACUGUGAUGGUAUUGGACAACUCUUUGUCACAAUAUAUUUGUGCAGUAUGUAUUUUACUAAAUGUAUUUAUCAGCUUUCCAAGUUACUAAGAAAUUCUGAAGGGCCAUCUCUGUAGCAUAGACCAGUGAUUUCUAAAUAUGUAUUUGUCUCAUCUUGAAUUAUUUUGAACUAUUACUGUAAAUUUGCCCCCUGAGUGCUUGGGUCAGGUGAAUGAGUGUCCAGUCUUAGCUCUAACCUUAUUUGCUCUGUGACCUUGUGUGUGCUUGUGUGCAUGAGAGGCAGAGUGCAGAGCCUCAGGGGCAUUGUGAACAUAGCUGUGGCCUUUGAAGAGAAGAGGAAUGAUGAAAAUUGAGACUUUUGUGACUGCAUUCUAUUUGACAUUAAAGACGAUUUGAAUUAAUCUGCUUUUCUGUGCUCACGAUUAGAGGGAAAUUCACUUUCCAUUUAGAUGGUAAUGUUGAAGUUUAUAUUCACAAUGCAAGUUGUUUUGAGAUGUUCUAGAAGUGAUGACAGAUAGUCCAGGUUUGUAUCAAAGCAGACCUGGCUCAGGGUGUUCAUAGUCCUGAACUACCUCACCUGAAGUCUGUGGUAUAAUUUAAUGGGCCCAGAUCCAUAACACAAAGACCAUGACUGUGAAUAGCAACACUGUGUUCAAUAGUGGACAGCCUGCAUUUCUCAACAUGUAUAUCUCUCAUUCUACUUGAAAUACAGUGUAUUUGUUGUUGAUCAUUUAAUGAAAAUAUUCUUAAAAUUAAAGAAAUAAAUGUUCAGAUUUUUUCAGAUUUAA